UCGCUGAUCCACCAGCGGCCUCUCGUGUCUAUCGCCCGCUCCUAUCUUCAAACGCAGAUUCUGUCUCUCCCCUGAACCUUCCCCUCUCUCCUCGUUCAUCCCCAACACCUUACUGCCUGUCGUUUCUCCGUCGCUCCCCCCUCCCUCAACUACCAACACCCCUCCCCCCCUAACAUAUAUCCCAUAAUACCUUUGUCGCAUUCAAUCACACACCUUGGUCAUGGCUGAAGAUGAUGCUGAACAGGCCUUUUUCCAGGCUCAGGCUAUGAAUGCGGACUCUGGAGACUAUAAGACCGUGGAAGAGCAGGAUGCAGAUAGUUCAGAUUCAGAUGACUAUGAUCCUUCCAAAUCACUGCCAGAUCAGUAUUCUGUUUCCUUGACAGAUUCCAACCAACCGGACAAUGUUCCUGAUCAUGAUGCUACUCCUUCCAAUUCCAAUCCCCCCGAACAAACUACUACUACCACUACCACUACCACUACCACUACCACCUCUACUUCCCUGCCUGCCCCCCCUGAAUCAGACCCUAGUCAGCCAGCUGGCAAUGCCUUCCCUUCUGAGACACCUUCACGAGCUGAGUCCCAGACACCAGCAUCGGGCCUCGCCACUGGGGCCUCGGUUCCGCCCAAGACCAGGACAAUUGGGGGCUUUGUGGUCGAGGAUGAGGAUGAGGAUGAGGCGGGUGAGGCAGAUUAUGAGCCACCAGCUGUACUAGGUGUCGAAGACAUGAAUACUAUACCUUCGCAACCCAUUUCAGGAAAUGCAAAUGAAGCUACUUCUACCCCUGAUGUAUCAUUGGAUGAAGCUGCGCAAGUGUCUGCCAGCACGAAGAAUGCCCCUAAUAGUUCUUUCCCUGCUGCUUCUAAAAAUGAUGUGUCGGUGGCUUCGGGCCAGGAACUGUACAGCGCAAGUGUUGCCCCAUCGGAACAGGCGCAGGAUGGGACCACCGUGACCCCCGAGUCGCCCUCGACCGCUAGGGGCCGCUUGCCUCACGACCGGGUUGGCAUCCUGGAAGAUCGCAUCCAAGAAGACCCCCGUGGUGAUAUUCCCGCCUGGCUGGAACUGAUUAACGAACACAGGAGUCGCAAUAGAAUUGAUAACGCACGCGAUGUGUAUGAGCGCUUUCUAAAGGUUUUCCCAUUCUCUGCUGAGCAAUGGGUGGCUUACGCGACAAUGGAGUCCGAGCUGAAUGAACUCUUCCGCCUGGAGCAAAUAUUCAACCGGACUCUGCUGACGAUUGCGGACGUGCAACUCUGGACGGUAUACCUUGACUACGUUCGUCGCCGGAAUCCCCUCACCACCGACACAAACGGGCAAGCGAGGCGAAUCAUUUCAUCGGCCUAUGAAUUGGCGCUGCAGCACAUCGGUAUCGACAAGGAUUCAGGGUCGAUCUGGUCCGACUACGUCCAGUUCAUCCGCUCCGGCCCAGGCAACGUCGGGGGCUCUGGAUGGCAGGACCAACAGAAGAUGGACCUGCUUCGGAAAGCCUAUCAACGGGCCAUUGGGGUACCCACCCAGGCUGUCAAUACUCUCUGGAAAGAGUAUGAUCAGUUCGAGAUGGGCCUGAACAAGUUGACAGGCCGUAAGUUCCUACAGGAGCAGUCUCCUGCGUACAUGACCGCCCGCAGCUCCUUCACUGAAUUGCAGAACAUCACCAGGGACCUCAACCGGACAACGCUGCCGAGGUUACCUCCCGUUCCGGGUUCGGACGGUGAUAUUGAGUUCCUGCAGCAGGUCGAGAUCUGGAAACGCUGGAUCAGUUGGGAGAAGGGCGACCCGCUUGUCUUGAAGGAGGAAGACAUGAGUGUUUUCCGGACGCGUGUGGUUUAUGUCUAUAAGCAAGCACUUAUGGCCCUUAGGUUCCUUCCCGAGCUGUGGUUUGAAGCUGCUGAGUUCUGCUUCCACAACGACAUGGAGACCGAAGGGAACGAGUUCUUGAAGCACGGCAUUGAUGGCAACCCAGAAAGCUGCUUGCUUGCAUUCAAGCGUGCGGACUGGUUGGAAAUCAACUCUGAUUCCGAGCAGGAUCCCGUCAAGCGCGGCGCCAAAGUCAGAGAACCCUACGACCGACUCCUCGAUUCGCUUUACGAGCUGAUCGCCAAAGCCCGGACUCGCGAGCAGCAAGAUGUUGCUCAUCUCGAAGAGACCUUCGCAAAGAUGAAUCCCGAGAAGCAACCGACAAAGAAUGAGGACGAUGAUGACGAUCAGAGUGAGGCGAAGGCGAGGGAGUCCGUCAAAAACGCACAGAUCGACGCGGUCCGACAAGCACAUGCCAUACAGAUUGGUAUCCUUUCCAAGACCAUAUCCUUUGCCUGGAUUGCUCUGAUGCGCGCCAUGCGCCGCAUCCAGGGUAAGGGCAAGCCUGGGGAGAUGCCGGGCUCGAGACAGAUCUUUGCAGAUGCGCGCAAAAGGGGUCGCAUUACCAGUGAUGUCUACAUUGCCAGUGCUCUCAUUGAGUAUCAUUGCUACAAGGACCCCGCCGCAACGAAGAUCUUCGAGCGUGGUGCGAAGCUGUUCCCUGAAGAUGAAAACUUUGCGCUGGAAUACUUGAAACAUCUCAUUGACAUUAACGACGUUAUCAAUGCACGGGCUGUUUUCGAGAUGACGGUCAGGAAGCUCGCUUCUAACCCCGAGAACGUCCAGAAGACGAAGCCUAUCUUUGCCUUCCUCCACGAAUAUGAGUCGCGGUACGGUGACCUUGUACAAGUGAUUAAUCUCGAGAACCGCAUGCGCGAGCUGUUCCCGGAGGACCCCACGCUGGAGCAAUUCGCACACCGAUACGCGACCCCUGGUUUCGAUCCCACUGCUGUGAGACCCAUUAUCUCACCCUCUCAGACACGCCCCAAGAUGGCCUACCCGGCCGAGCAAGCCAUUUCCCGUCAUGCCACGCCUACUGCGCGGUACCAGGACGCGUCUGCGACAGACUCGCCUAAACGCCAGCUGGAUGACUUCGAUGACGACAUGGCUCGGCCGCGCAAGUUCGUGCGUGCCGAGUCUCCCCUCAAGACGACGCAGCGACGCCAGCUGGACCAGAAGCGCACGCAGCAGACCAUGGGUGGGCCGUCCGGGGGCCAGUUCCGGUCGCAAGGAUCACCGGCACCUCUGCCGCGCGACAUCGUUUAUCUUCUCAGCAUUAUACCUUCUGCCUCCGCAUACAACGCGGGGAAGUUCUCUCCGGAAAGGAUGGUCGAUCUGAUUCGGAGGAUCGAUAUGCCCAGUUCGAUCUCCCAGAUUCCGCUUCCACGGGGACUGGGAGCUGGGCAGACGCCACAGUCAUUUCCAGGCAUCUACCGUUCAUGAUUUGUCAAUGAUAUAGACCCUCCGUCAUGCAGCUCUUUAAGCGCAAGUAGUCAUGUUAACCUGGCGCUGUAUCUGUUAUUCUUUGUUUUUUUUCUCCGCCGGUUUCGACCGCCGGUACCACCGCAGCGUGGUACUGGAGUGUAUAGUUGUUGGAUGUCGCUUUGCAUUUGAUGAACCGGCGUUUUACCUUGGGUUACAAUCACGGAUGAGUUUGGGCAGCUGGGCCUUGAGUGAACCAUCAUUAUUCGAGUUUGGGAGGGAUUUGUACAGGUCUAGUGCCGUCCUAGCAUGGCACGAGUUGCAGUCGACAGUUCCUUUGACGUAUAAUUCCAGCAGGAUGAAUGCAGCAU